UGCGGCCUACGCUUUCUUUUCGCGACUCCAGAGUCGCGCUAAGUGGAACUAGACUGUAGGGUUUGCUUUUGAGCAUGUGCAGAGAGUGCCAAGCGCAGUGUGGUUCUUGGUGUCCACUUAGCUUUGGCUACCCAGGAUUUGAGUUUUCCUGCGGAUUUAGGGACACGGCUGGCAGUCUCAGAGGAGAUAAGACCCUGGCUCCAGAAGCAGGAGUUCGAGGAGAGACAGGCCCCAGGGACUCGCAGUCUAAAGCGGAAGGUUGCCCUGUCCUUUGGAAGCCUCUUUUGAAGACUUCUAGGACCCCCUUCCUGAGGUGAGAAGCAAGGGUCCUUCUGCAGAGAGAGCUGAAGAUGGCUCAAGACCAGCCUUUGCUGGCUGUGCAAGAGGUCCUGAGGAAGUGCUUCCCUGUGGUGCAGGAGCAGCAGGACUUGUGGCAAAGCACUCUUCAGGGCUGCUCGUCCCUCCUCUCCUCUCUCAGCAACCUGGCUGAGCAGCUGCAGGCUUCACAGAAUCUGAGGUUUGAGGACGUGCCGGCCCUUCGUCCCUUCCCAGACUUACAGGAGCGGCUGAGGCGCAAGCAACUGGAGGCUGGCGACAUUGUCCUGGACAAGCUAGCUGAGAGGCUAGCCACCCUCCUCAAGGUUCGAGACACCAUCAGCAGCCAUGUGGAGCGGGUGUUUCAGACCUACGAGCAGCAUUCGGCUGCACUUGACAUGGAUGCUGUCCUGCAGCCCUCAGUUGUGAGCCCCUCUGUGGCUGACAUGUUGGAGUGGCUGCAAGACAUCGACAGACAUUAUCGAAGCUCGUACCUGAAGAGAAAAUACCUCCUUUCCUCCAUCCACUGGGGAGACUUGGCCAGCAUCCAAGCACUGCCUAAGGCCUGGAACCAAAUUUCAGAAGAUGAGUGCCAAACCCUUGUGCCAGAUAUCCUGGUGAGCGUCUCCUUCUUCCUGGAGGAGCCAGGAUGCUGCACAGUGUCUGGAGAUCAGGAGUCCCGCAGUUGAGUGCAGCCCUCAGCUUUCUAAGUGAACCUCAGCACCACAGCCUGAUGGACUGAGACACCAGUUCCUAUGGUAGAGGUCCCUAGCAUGACUUCUUGCUAGGCCAUGGCCAAGGAUCCAUGACCACUGCACCUGCGGCUCUGGGAGGUGGAUGGGGUGGAGGAAACAGGAAAGGCAGCGCUGAUAAGCGGUGUCCAUCGCUAUCAGUAGGCUUGAAGUGGCAAGGAAGGAAAGGACAGGAGGCAAAGGUCCACAGCUGCCUCCGCCUCUGCGUCAGCUGAAGCACUUUGGUUGACUCAGGUCUUGGUUAUGUGUGUAUCACUAUCUUGAGUCCUUAGUGGUUUAAAGAUAGGAGUGGGUCUAGGAGUGAAGGGCAGUAGCAGUGUGUGUGUUGCACACAUGAAGCCCGAUUCAAUCCAAAAAAGGGACGGAUUGAAGGAAAGGGAGCAUUUAAAAUGUUUAUCCCUUCCCAGUAGGAAUCAAGCCAAUUUCCAUUUCCAAAGCCAGCCACCAGGGGGAGAUGGUGCAGCGUGAGCGGUUCUGAAUGCUUUGUCCUGGAGAGGUCCCCUGUUGCUGUUAAAAGUAACUGAGGGGGGCUGGAGAGAUGGCUCAGCAAUUAAGAACACUGGCUGCUUUUGAGGACCCACAUGGCAGCUCACAACUGUCUGUAACACCAGCUCCAGGGGAUCUGACACCUUCACACCAAUGCACAUAAAAGAAAUAAGUUAAAUAAAGUUAAAAAAAAAAAAGUAACUUAGUGCUGGGAAUAUCAAACCCACCACUGGUGAGGCAAAUACAGGUGAGCUCUGUGAUUUUGAGAUCAUCCUGGUCUACAUAGCCUCCAGACUAACCAAGACUACAUACUGAGGUGCUGUCUCAAAAAAAAAAAAAAAAAAAAAAAGAAAAAAAAAAGAAAAAAAAAAAGAAAAAAAAAAGGAAAAAGAAAAGCGGGAAAGAAAGAAGUUAACUGAGAAGAGUGAUACUACUACUCAGAUCCAGGGUUGUGACCUCUCAUUGGCUAUAUUCUUCUGGGUUUGGAGUGACUGCUCAGGUAGGCAAAUAUGCCAGCUGAUUAGUUGGCAUAUGCCAUUGAUUGUUAGUUGUGAUUGAUUGUUUGACCUGGGGAGGGAGUCUCAACAAGGAAUGUUGUAGAUUUGGGUGGCCUGCAGGCAAGCCUGCAGAAUUUUCUUAAUUGUGGUGAAAAGAGCCAUCCUGAAUGUGGUGUCAUUUCAUGGCUGGGCCCUAGAUGGAAUGAGAGAGCAGGCUGAGCACUAGCAGACAUGCAUUAAUCCAUUGUUCUUUACCAUGGGUGUCAUGUGACCAGCUGCUCCAAGUGCUUGCAGCCUUGAUGUUUCUGCAAUGAUGGACUGUACCCUCAAAUUAUGAGCCUAAUAAACCCUUUCUCCCUUCA